GCUAAUCAAAGCACCAAAAGGUAAGCCGUAAGGGCUGUUUAUUUUUGGGUUUUCGUUCGUCCUGCGAGGCUUUUUCUCGAGUAAUGUGCUUCCUGGCCGUGUCGGACUGUACGCCGUGCUUGAAAAUCAGUUGACGAAGCAGCAAUGACCACGGAAACGUAGGAAAAUGAGCAGUUCCGAGGAGGUAUCCUGGAUUUCGUGGUUUUGCAACCUCAGGGGCAAUGAGUUUUUUUGCGAGGUCGACGAGGAUUAUAUCCAAGAUAAGUUUAAUUUGACUGGACUAAACGAGCAAGUACCGCAUUAUAGACAAGCAUUAGAUAUGAUUCUCGAUCUAGAACCUGACUCUUAUUACGUCGUAGAUGAUGAAUUGGAUGGUCACCCGAAUCAGUCGGAAUUAGUUGAACAAGCGGCAGAAUUGCUUUACGGGUUGAUCCAUGCUCGUUAUAUUCUCACCAAUCGUGGCAUUGCUCAAAUGAUCGAAAAAUAUCAAGCCGGUGACUUUGGUUAUUGUCCACGUGUUUAUUGUGAAGCCCAGCCCAUGUUGCCGUUAGGUCUUAGCGAUGUUCCCGGGGAAUCUAUGGUCAAAAGUUAUUGCCCUAAAUGUAUGGAUGUUUACACGCCAAAAAGCACGCGACAUCAUCACACUGACGGAGCAUAUUUUGGAACAGGAUUUCCACAUAUGCUUUUCAUGGUUCAUCCAGAGUAUCGACCAAAACGUCCAGUUAAUCAGUUUAUACCUAGGUUAUACGGCUUUAAAAUUCAUCAUCUAGCGUACCAGAUUCAGCAACAGUCUGCAUCAACGUUUAAAGCACCAUUGCGGGCUGCUAAUUACAAUAAUGGAAAACGUUAAAAACAUCACGACAUAGUCUAGAACAUUUUUUUCAUUAAACAUAAUACAAUUCCUAAUUUCGUCCCUAAGGAUUAAAUAAAAUAUUAUUUUUUAUAUCGCUCUUUACACAUCUUAGCAAGGCGCUGAAACGUCAAUCGUUUCGUUUACCAUCCAUCGUUUGCGAGAUUAAGUGCGACACUCUAUACUUUUCGGAUUUUUCCACGGUAUUUAUAGUAUGCCGAAAAGAUUAAAGAGUGAUAUAUCAAAUUUGUAAUGCUCGUUAAGCGCCAUGCUCGUCUUUAUUUCAAUUUUAGUAACAAUUUUUAUUUCGUGUUGAAAAUCAAUUGUAUCGUUACAUCAAUUCUUGUCCAUUAAAACAAAGGAUGAAAUGCAUACUUAGGAUAAUUACUAGUGUGUAAGGGUGCGGAGGAGAUUCGUGGAUAGAUUGUAUCUGUUAGACGAGUUUCGCAUCUCCAGGAUUGCUGCCAAGUAGUUCCUAUGCGUAAGGAAGAUCACAGUUGAAGGUUGAUCGCGAUUUAGAGGAACGGGUAGCAUUGGAUACCGAUUAACUUUUCAAACAGAGGAAACGACAUAAGAAUUGAUACUUUGUUAAAUAUUUAAUUUAACUAUGAAAUAAUAUGAACGUAAACUAUGAAAGAAGCAAUUUAUUUAUACAUGAUUUAUCUUAAUAAAGCUCAGAUGAAUGAGAAGAUAUGGAGCAAGUUUAAAAGUAAAGACUGCAUACUAUUCUGUAAAAUCUUGUUUUCUAU